AAUUGAACCAAAUUGUGUGUGUGUCUUUUCCUUGCUUCCAUUCUCCCAUGCCAUGGUUCGUUCUUCUUCCUUGCUCCACUACUACUCCCAACGCCGUGUCGCAUCUUCUCUCAGGGGCUUCUUCUUCAUCCCCACAACCUUAGCUCUCUUCACCUCUCUUUUUAUCCUCUUCCACAUUUACUCCACUUCCAACCUCUUCACCCAUUAUUCCACUCAUUUCAAAUCAUCCUCUCCCUUUUUCACCACCCCUUCUACUCCCACACCUCACUUCGUCCCUUUCUUCCACAACAAUGCUUCCGACUCCGCCAAAUCUCCGACUUUUCAACUGGGGUAUGACCUCAGAUCACAGAGUCAACGGGGUCUGCCACUGCCACCGCGAUUCAGCUCAAAGGGAGAAUUUGAGAAUAACAACGACUUGUUCCAUGAUAGAGAUAUAUUUAUGGAAGACUAUAAAGAAAUGAAUAGGAGCUUAAAGAUAUAUGUUUAUCCUCAUAGGACUGAUGAUCCUUUUGCAAACGUGCUUUUGCCUGUGGAAUCUGAACCUGGUGGCAAUUAUGCCAGUGAAAGUUACUUCAAAAAGGUUCUUAUGAAGAGCCAUUUCAUUACAAAAGACCCAACAGAAGCAAAUCUAUUCUUUCUCCCCUUUUCCAUAGCAAGAUUACGGCACGACCGUAGAGUUGGUGUGAGAGGCAUACAAGACUUCAUUAGAGACUACAUUCAGAAUAUCAGUCACAAGUAUCCAUAUUGGAACCGCACAGGUGGUGCUGAUCACUUUUAUGUUGCAUGUCAUUCAAUUGGAAGGUCUGCCAUGGAUAAAGCACCUGAUGUGAAAUUCAAUGCUAUUCAAGUUGUAUGCUCAUCUAGUUAUUUCCUAACUGGGUAUAUUGCUCACAAGGAUACAUGCCUACCACAAAUUUGGCCAAGAAAAGGAAAUCCCCCUAACCUUGUCUCAUCAAAGAGGAAAAGGCUAGCUUUCUUUGCUGGAGGAGUUAAUUCCCCUGUACGUGUAAAGCUUCUUGAGACAUGGAAAAAUGAUUCAGAAAUCUUUGUUCACCAUGGACGGCUUAAAACACCAUACGCAGAUGAAUUGCUAGGAAGCAAGUUCUGCCUUCACGUUAAGGGCUUUGAAGUGAACACAGCUCGCAUCGGAGAUUCUCUAUAUUAUGGCUGCGUUCCUGUGAUCAUUGCCAACUACUAUGACCUUCCAUUUGCUGAUGUGCUAAACUGGAAGAGCUUUUCAGUUGUUGUCACUACCUUAGAUAUUCCUUUACUGAAAAAGAUCCUCAAGGAUAUCAUCAAUUCUAAUAAAUAUAUGAUGUUACAAAGCAAUGUUAUGAAGGCGAGGAAACACUUCCAAUGGCAUUCACCCCCGCUCGACUUUGAUGCAUUUUACAUGGUUGUGUAUGAACUAUGGCUUAGACGAAGUUCUAUAAGAAAUUCUUUGGGGGAUUCUUUGAGAGUUUAAUUUAUAUGUAAGAUCAUUGUAAAUUACUUUUGCACAAAUAUUUAAUAGAAAUUUACUUUAUCA